GUUUCUUUCUUCCUGCUGGCAACCAUCCAUUUAAUUAUAUAUAGUUAGCGGACACUCCGCUCUCAGGAUUGACCCUCCCAUCCCACGAUCUCCCUAUUCUUACAUCCACCUGCAAAAACAGCUGCUAGCCAUCAUGUCUGUCAAGGACGGUAUGUUGUCAGCCCGCUGCUUCCACUCAUCCUCCCGCUGACAUGCACACAGACGCCUUCCCUGCCUCCGCUGCUUUCGAUGCCAUCAACCAGGCUCUCACCGAUGAGGCUGAGCGCAAGGACGCCAUCAAGAAGGCUGCUGGCAUCUACGCCUUCACCCUGACCAACGCUGCCGGCAAGGAAGCCUCGUGGUACAUCGACCUCAAGACCACCGGAAAGGUCGGCAAGGGCGCUGCUCCUCCAGGCGGCAAGGCCGAUGUCACCCUCAUCACCAGCGAAGAGAACUUCCAGAACCUUGUCACUGGCAAGGCCAACGCACAGCGCCUGUUCAUGGGCGGAAAGCUCAAGAUCAAGGGCAACGUCAUGAAGGCCACCAAGCUGGACCCCGUCCUGAAGAAGGCCCAGACCAAGGCCAAGCUGUAGAUUUCUCGUGCUGUGUUUGGAGCAAAGACAAAAUGCCGUCGAUGCCGGACGGUGGUUAUAUUCGAUUAUUGUAUAUAAAUACCCGCGUUGAUGAGAGAAUACAUUGUUGCCAUUAUAAUUAUA